GCAGGUCAGGGCCUCCCCAUGCCCCAGUCUGACAGAGAGGAGUCCCGCUCAGGAGUCCAGCAGCAGCGAGGGUCAGGUCGGACGGUUCCUCGGCGGAGAAAGUGGACCGGAGAGAGUGGGACGCGCACUGGCACGGCACCGUUUCCCACGGACUGAUCUCCCCGAAAGAGGGCGGGGGUUGGAUGUGUUUUGGUUUUUUUCUCGUCGGGGGUACCACUCAUUCUCACACACCCCUCCUCGGCAGCAUCCCGAGCAGCUCUUCUGGUUGUUCCCACUGUGAACGAGCCACAGGUUGAGCAGCAGCAGCAGCAGCAGCAGUGUGAAGGCGACGGAAGCCUGGAGACCAUGCCGAGCAAAAGCCAGUGUCUGCGCCCCCGGCUGUGCACGCUGGAGAAGGGGGACAACGGCUACGGCUUCCACCUCCACGGGGAGAAGGGCAAGACGGGCCAGUUCAUACGGCUGGUGGAGUCCGACAGUCCGGCGGAGACGUCGGGGCUGCGCGCCGGGGACCGCCUGGUGUUCGUGAACGGCGACGACGUGGAGAACGAGAGCCACCAGCAGGUCGUGUCCCGGAUACGCGCCACGCCGGGCCGCCUGGAGCUCGUCGUGGUGGACCCGGACACGGAGCAGCUGCUGAAGAAGCACAACGUGAAGUGUCUGAAGGAGCACGUCGCCGACGGCGUCCCGGUACCGUUCGAAGAGGAGGAGGAGGAGGAGGAAGAGGUGGUGGUGGAGGAGGAGGAGGAGGAAGAUUGCGCGGACGAGCGGCGCGCCAAGCGGGACGAGGUGGAGCAGCAGCAGGAGGAGGAGGUGGUGGUGGUGGUGGUGAUGGAGGAGCAGCAGAAGGAGGAGGAGGAGGAGGACAGGACACCCAGGGAGUCCACGCCGGCCCCGAAGAGUAACGGGCAAAUCCACGAGCACGUCGAGAAGCAGCUGAGCAUCAGCUCUGACAAGGAGGUGAGCACCGAACUGCGGCCGCGGCUGUGUGUGAUCCAGCGAGGGUCGAACGGAUAUGGCUUCAACCUGCACAGCGAGAGGUCGCGGCCGGGCCAGUACAUCAGGGCUGUGGAUGAAGACUCCCCAGCGGAGAGGGCCGGCCUGCUGGCUAAGGACAGGAUAGUUCAGGUGAACGAUAUGUCAGUGGAGGGGAAGACGCAUUCACAAGUAGUGGCUGCCAUCAAAGCUGGCGGGAAUGUGGUGCGGCUCGUGGUGGUGGACCCCGAGUCAGACGCCUUUUUCAAGAGGUGCAAAGUGGCCCCCACCUCGGCACACCUGACUGGUCCACUGCCAGAACCUGUCGUUAAUGGAGGAAUGGAGGAGAAGGUGAACGGCAGAGGGGCCAAAGAGGCAGAGAGGGACUCGAAGCUGUCAGUCAGUCCAUCUCCGUCCAGCGCCUCCUCGAACACCUCACUCACCACCCCAACCACAAACACCCCACCCGAGGGUUUGAUGACAGAGACCAUCCCAGCCCUCAACCUGACUCUGCAGCAGGUCAAAGAGCUUGCCCACCAGAAACGAUCCAACAAGAGAGCCCCACCCAUGGAUUGGACCAAGAAAAAUGAACUCUUCAGCAACCUAUAGGGCACCUGACACACACACACACACACACACACAGACACACACAGACACACACAAAUACACACACACAAACACACACACAGAUCGUUUUCCUAGUGAUACUUAAACAGAGACAUUUUUUUUAUAAUAAUGACAUUAAAAGGGCAGUUUAACUAUUGGCAGCAGACAAAAUUCAAGCCGUUCUGUUAAAUAUAGUAUUCUACUUAUUAUACUCUUCAUGUUUUUACUACCCAGAUAUUAUACACACAAUUUGCUACUAACAAUGAAAGAUGCAUAUGCCAAUGAAAGAGAACUGGACCACGGUGGGAAUGUGAAUGUGCAUGUAGCUAUUUAUACCCUGUGAAUGUGUUUCCUCUCUUGCUCUCUCUUUCUCUGUGUGUGGACCCUGACCCUUGACCCCUGACCCUUGGUCUGAUGCCUGUGGAAAUUUGGAUGAGUAUGCAAUGACUCACUCUUUUACAUUGAUAUUGAAAACAUGUCUUCUGUUAGAAUCACUACAGGCUCAUUCACAUAGGAUAGAAACCAGCCUGACAAUCAUCAUCUUUCUCUACCUACCUGUCAAUUUGGGGAUGAAACGUCUGACACAGAGCGGAGACAAAUACAAAACCUCUAAGUCAUUUAUUUCUUUUUUUUAAUUGUGUAGUUAUUUACUCUGAUUAACUUCUUCCUUUUAAGAGAUUACAUGUUAAAGCUCUUUUGUGUUUAUAAACACUCUAGCAUGAAACCUGUUUUCAGAAUCAUUUGUCUUAAUUUUUUUUGAGGAAAUAUUUACUGAUGGCUUUAAACUGGAAAGAAUUGUAUUUUUAAAUAGGUUAUCCUAUGUAUGUAUAUAUCAUAUAUUGUGUAUAUUUUUUCAUAAUUGACAUGAAUUUCACUCUAUGAAAAUGAAAGUGGUUACAGCUACAAUGCCAUCCACCGUUCAUCCAUACAGCCUCUAAAUACACAAUAUAUCAUCCUUUGAAUAAAUGUGAACUACAGCCUAUUAUGAGUAACUUAUACUGUCCUUGCUUUGCCAUCAUGUCCAUCGUGAAUGGCUGUUCACUACACAUUUUUUAGCAUGUGGAAGAUUUUUAUUGCUCCCCGGAAAUGCUUUGUUGGAGAUUUUACACAUUUCUAUUGAUGUCUUAAAAACAAUAAUUAUGUAACUUUUAGAUCACGUAUUUCUAUGUCCUGUGCUUCACUAGAUUUUAUGCAUUUGUCAAAUUUUUAAGAAAAGUGCUGAUUUUGAAAUCGAAUGAUUGAAUUAUAUAGAGAUGGUUUAUUUUUAGCUUGUGUAAGUGAUUUCUAUACUGUAAUAAAUCAAUCAUCACAUCAACAUAA